CUAUUUUAUUACUACGCAAGUAGGUGAAAAAACAAAAAACAAUGUUCGCUGGAAGUUCGACGAGGAAAUAUUUUGUAUUUAUUGAAUGUUAUCCAUAACGUCGGCGAUAAAACGGCGGAGCGAGGAGUGUGAAGAUCCUCCACCCAUCACGGAGGCGGUUCGGCUCUUUUCACUCAUCUCCUUCACCUUCUUUCUGAUAUCGCUAUCCUCCUCCAUCACAGCCAUUAUUCCUCUCUUUAUCUCCUCCGAACUCACAAUUGAGAUGUCAACGGGGUCCCGCGAGGUCGGGGACCCUUUCCCCAUCCCCGUCCCUGUGAGUCAUGGGGACGGGGAUCCCCUCGAGGAUUUUUUAUGGAGGGCACAUUUUGCCCCCCGUCCCCGUUCCCCGCAGGGAAUGGCAAUCCCUGCGGGGAUCCCCAUUCCCCACGGGGAACGCACCAAACAUCAAGAAAUUGCAGAAUAUGAAACAACAACACCCAAGGCAGAAAUUUUGGAGAAAGGCAGAUCCAGAUCUGAAGGAGGGAUCCCACGAUCGGAGAAAAUGGAGAAAGGGGGUUCUGGAUGGGAGAAGAAUCAGGUGAUGACCGGUGAUGUAGGUGGAAGCUAUUGAUUGGAGGAAAAUUUUGAGAAAGGGGUUUUGGAUGGGAGAAGAAUCCAGCUUUUUCUUUUUUUUUUCUUUUUUUUGCCAUCUACAACCACAGUGGCUCCCCCCUUUUAAAGAGAAAGGAAAACUAGGGUUUUCUGGGUUUGGGUUUGGACCCGCGCCUGCUCUUCUUCUGCUCCCGUUGCAGCCACCCGAAAGAAGAAGAAAAAAGGGGACCCCAGCCAUGCUUUGAGAAACCGGUGAGAAAGCUUGGUUUUUGGCCUUAUUUUCUUGCUCUAGAACACAAAUUGAACCCAGAAAUUCUCCCCCCCUGCUGGAAAAUCCGGAUCUGCUCUGCUCCUCCUCUUCACCGCCGGCUGCUCCUGCUUUGUGGGGUGUGUUUUGCUCCGGUUUUUGGUAAGAAAUAGCCAUGAAUCUCCCGUCUCCAGCUUUAAUUGCCUUGGGUUUACUCUAAUUUUGUGUUGUUCCUUCAAUUUUUGGGUGGAUUUCCCGUGAGCUUCUUCUCCAAAUUCCCUCCGGUAACUUCCCCAACUGUAGCUCCGGUUUUAGCUGGAGAAUUCUGGAAGUGAAAUCGAGGACGGAGAAAUCACGGAAAGUAACGAGUUAGAGAGCUAGUCAUUUCGAGAUUGAUAUAGAUUCUAGAAAUAAAUCAUGAUUUUGUAAACUAGAGUGUAUUUGGAGAUUUUAUGAUAUUAGAGCAAAUUAUAAAAUUUGAUCUUCAGA